AUGGAGAACUCCGUGAGGCACUCAGUGGACAUAAAAUCGGAAGACUUCGUCGUCCUAAUUUCGCUGCAAAAUUUACAGACGUUCAUCAUGAUAGGAUACACAGCCGUGAAUAAAGACCACCUGAACUUCGACUUCUCUUACCUGUGGGCACUGUGCAUUGGAACCGGUCUAUUCAUAUACUCCCUGAUCAGCUUUGUUCUCAUAAGAUCCCUUGUGUUGUCAAAAAUAGACAUAGGCAAAUACGUCCUGGAGUUGUUAUUCAGUUUGAGUAUAAUCGUCACGUGUUCCCUGUCGAUAAUAAUUGACUCCUUUAAAAUAGCAAACAUGCAGUUGCUCUUUUUUUCCUUCGCUUUAACAGGCUACGCCUACUAUAACCUGAUUAGCCUCUUUUUUUUUUGCACACUGAUAGGAAUGAUAAUUCAGUAUAAUUUAAGUUUUACUGGGUUCAUAGCACAUUCCACUUCUUUCUUCUUUUUGGACAUGCUAUCCUAUUUGGUGCAAAUUAUUGGAGGGAACAUCCUAUACUUUCGCAUGUACGAACUGUGCACUCUUAUCGUCAUUUCGAAGAGGAACCCAUGUAAGUACGUCGUCGCAUCGAAGGAAGUGAAACAAGUGGAGAAACAAAUCUUCUCAUCCUUAUUCAAUUCUUACAUGAGCAUCAAGUCGAAAACGUACUCAGAUUUAACAUGCACUAAUGAUCUUUUAAAUAAGGAGAGCCAAUCUGCUGCCGGUAGGGAUAUCCCUCACAAUAAGUGGAACACCCACCAUGUUGCUAAUUCCUACCAGGACAAGAUCAAUCACACCAAGAAGUUACUCCUCCGACGAAGCAAACGGGACAAACGCAACCACAAAGGGGGAGGUCGAGUAACAUGUGCAAAACACACCCACUACCAUAACAGCCGAAGCCUUGCCAACUGUGCCACCAAACAUACCCCCAUCUGCACAACCAACUUUAAAAUAUCCAACACCCUUUCAAUGAAAAAUAAUUUAAACCCCAAUCUAACGUUAGAACCUUCUCCCCCUUUUUGUAAAAAAUGCGCUUCUGAAAAAUAUAGCCAUAAGGAUAAUGCGCACAAACGCAGGGAAGAGAAAAAAAAAUCUAAAUCGUAUAUGAACGCAGGCACAGCAAACAAGUCGAAACAAAUGGACAACCAUGUGGAGGAUGCCAACCGGGGGGAAAACACCUCCUCCAAACGACCCCCCCAAGACGGUGAAGUGCUCAUCCCAAUUAGGGGAACUAAAACCGAUAAGGAUGCAGCCCCGAUGAGCAACUCGAAUGCCAGUUGGAUCAAAUCCGCUGCCGUGAUUGACAUGUCGGGGAAGCAGACAAAGGGGGAAUAUCACAACGGGUUCGAGGACCAUCCCGUAGAUACAUCAGCUGAUCAACCAUUGGGUAGUAAACCUUCAUGCAACUCGUACCAUAACCGGUGUACUUCCCCCCCAAAUGAACAACACAGGUACUACGCCUGCCCGUUCUAUCAGACCCAUUAUAGCGGAUUAUCCCUCACCGAUGUUACCUCAAAAGAAAGGACGCAUCGGAAAAUCAGUUCCCACAGCAUGAUCGAAGGGGGAAACACCAAAAUGGAUAAUCAGCAAAAUCGCCCCGUGAGGAACAAACGGGAAGAUGUCGCAAAGGGUGAAGAACAUGACCCCCCCAACGACCCACUUGCAGAUGACCCACCCCCAAAUGAUGAUACCUACUACUGCAAUUUGAUGACAUGCACUUAUAAUAUAAUAAAAGGUACACACAGUGUGAAUACGCCAAGUGGAGGAAGAAAGAGUGAUAAGUCCUCCCAACCGAUCAGAUAUCAACGGGUUGAAAUUGGCGAAAUAGAGACCCUCCCUCGAGGAAGAAAUUCAAUCCAAGCGUACCCCAACGGAAGAAGACCCUCUGUGCAGAGUAAUUGGACGGAUCAGCUAGCCGAGGAAAGUCGCCAAAGUGAAAGCAAAUUCGAGUCCACGUUAAACGAGGACGCGUCGGACGUUCUGGAAAGAACACUGCCUGAAAAGGAUCCACCGAACAAGGCAAACAUAUCAGACCGAGCAGACGAAGACCGGGGAGUCCACCCAAAUAAUAAGAAUGCCCCAUCGACCUGCACAAAGGAAACAUAUUAUCACAAUAAACUUUUGCGCAAGUCUAAGAGUUCGCUACACAUGAGCCAGUGGGGAGAAAACACCCCCCACAGACACACCUCACGCAGCAGCAACAAUACCAAGCUAACCACGUUCACAAACAGGGAGCUACCAAAUGGAAGUAACAGCCAGUCAAAUUCUAAAUAUAGCAGAAAAAACACAAGGCAACACGAAAUGUUAGACAAAAUUGUCCAACUGGACAUCAGUAAUCAGGACCAAAAAAGUAAAAAAAGAAACAGAAAAAAAGACGCAUUGUCAUUAUCAUUGUCGUCAUUAUCACCAUUGUCAUUGUCAUCCUCCGCUAUAACAAGAAAAAAAAAAUAUUUUACGAAAAAAAAAAAAAAAAAAUACACUUCAUUUUUUUUGGAAAAUCCAAAGAUGCAAUAUUUAUUUGUACACAUUCCACAGUACUUUAAAAACAUCUUCGAUAUGACCAAGAAAAUAUUUUUCGAUUUAAAAAAAAAAAAAGUGGUCAUGCAAAAUGCAAUUUGGAAGAAUAAAAUAUUCAUCCCUGAAAGGGACCCACUAGGAUUAUUCAAAAAUGCAAAGUUAGAAAAAUGGUACGUGUCCUGGAUGGACGAAUUUAACAGAAAUAUUAUCACAAAAACGUACUACAUAGGAAUCUACCUUAUUAUGUAUAUAAUUACCCUAGACUUUGUAACGGCAUACAAAUUGUACUACACAACAACCAGAAGGAUGAUAAAUACAGCAUUACUCACACGGUACAAUUACCUGCGCUACUAUUUCCUAAAAUCGAUAGUUAACAUAUCUGUGUAUCUCCUUUAUAUACUUUUUGUAACGUUUAAAAUACGAAAGGAACCCACUUAUAAUAUUAAGCGGUAUUAUUUUGUCACCCUUAUUUUGUGCCUAGCCAAGCUCCUCAUAUCAUCCUCAGAUAUUUACGUGGCCAUCACGUCGUUAGAUUACUUUAUCAGCCCCUACUAUGUUUACAUAUACAUCCAUAUGCUCAUCGUGCAGACGUCCAUUUUGCUAAUAAUUCGAUACCCCACACAUUAUCUACUGUUCUUCAUCUACAUGAUUUGCUUCACUUCUUUAUACUGGUCUUUUUCCAUUCACAAAUGUUUUAUGGAAUUUAUUUUUAUCAUUGCUUGUGUUUCUUUUACCAUUAUUUAUUCUUAUGUGCUUUGCUCCAGGACAGUGGAGAUAAAUCGCCGCAUUUUGUUCUCCAAGUAUGAGUUGCCUUACCUUUUGUACCUUAAGGAGAUUGCUGGUUGUCUCAAUAGGCGCCGCCCCCAGGGGGCUGUCUGA